AUGGGCCGCAAGAAAAUCCAGAUCAAACGCAUUGAGGACGAUCGCAACCGUCAAGUGACCUUCGCCAAACGCAAAAAUGGCAUUUUUAAAAAGGCCAUGGAACUAUCGAAGCUCUGCGACUGUGAGAUCGCGCUAAUUGUAUUCGACUCGAACGAGAAACUGUACCAAUACUCGAGCACGAGUGUAGAUCAGAUCCUGCUCAAGUAUACCGAGUAUGGACAGCCGUUUGAGACAAAAGACAACAACGAUUACGAGAUCAUGUUUGGGGAAAAGAAGAAACAGUUGCAACAAGCGGCCAAGGCGGCGGCAGCAACAGCAGCAGCGGGAGCCAAUGCUGAAGCAUCGGCUAAUUUCAACAUGGUCCACGGAUCGACUUCAAAUGGAGCUACCGAGCAGUCGUUCCAGUCCAUGCACGGAGGUAUGAAUGGUGCCCCAUUGGGACUUACAAACGAUCCCGACCAAUAUUUGCUCAACUCUUGCAGUCGACCGCGGACCCAGAAGAAACGGGUGCAUCGUGGUUUCCAGCAGCUUCUCCAGAAGCAGCACGCUGGUUAUACCCCACCGACGCUGCCGCUUUACCAGCACGGGAUGGGAACACUUGGAGGCCUUCCAAGCCAUCACAUGCUCAACUCGCUUCCCAGCCCACCCAACCUCUCAAACAUUCUUCCAUCACCUACAACCGGCAUGAUUCUUCAUGACUUCAGCCCCCAAAAUGCAGGCCUCUUUGGACAGAACCCCAUGCUUGGUGGAGUUAUACCUGGAGAGUUUCAUGACAGCAAGAGCAGCGUCUUCGGUCUAAAUCUCGUGCCGUCGGACUUCAGCCAAGGUUGUGGUAACAGUGUUCACCCGCAACAGCCACAGCAGACCGAAGAUCCGUACUAUGCUCCGAGUAAACAGAUCGAGCUGCUUGACAUGUCCGCUAGGAGUCGUCCAAACUCCCCGGUCGGCGGUGAUGGGGUGUUUACGGACAAUAAUAAUAAAACUUUCCAGCCGGACGAAACAACUUGCAACGUUGACGAGCCCUCGGAUAAGAGGCAAAAGCAGCCCCAGCAAGAUAAUUCGUCGAAUAAGAGAGACGACUCGCUAGCCGCCAAUGAAAGCGAGACGACUAUUGCUGACAAGUCGGCUACAGUCGCAGUCUUGCCACCGAAGCGUGAACCGAAACAAGGCAGUCAUGAUGAUGACCCGACAGUAUCUUCAAAUUUGGCCAAGUGUAGCGAUAUUCAAGGGGCGUCCCCAACAAAGGCAGUACCGUCUUCAGAAUCGCGAGCUCCAACCACCACGUCAGAGUCAGCAAGCUCCGAAACAGAGAAACAUUCACGUUCGGAAAUGGCGGGAUCAGCGAGUUCAAGUCCACACAAGCGUCAGCGUGUAGUCGUAUAG